UGUUACACCUGUACCGGUGCGAGUGGAGCGUAGAUCGUCGCUCAUCAGAAUCAUUUGUUUUUGUGCGACAUGUUGUGUUUGAGGCAUUAGUGGAUCCACACUCUCACUACUAGCGCAAAACAAAAAUGGCGAAAUUUAGCUCGGUGUGUGACUGUUUAAGUGUGUGCCUCCUUACGUUUUGGACUAUUCAGGUGGUCUGUGCCACCUCGAAAGAUUACUAUUUAUACAAUGGAAUUGGCCAAUCCGACUCUUACGUAUCUUUGUCACUGCAAAACGGACAUCAUGUACAGAAGAGGUCGACGAAAGAUCGGGAUCCGCUAGUCAAGGAAAACAAAUUUCCGCCGACGACGACGCCUCCGGCCAAAACUACACCUCAGGAUAAUUUAGUUUUGGCCUCUGAUGCGGUUAAUAAUGGAACGGAAGAUAAUAUGACUACGGAAAAGAUUCCGCUGCCUCCGCCGACAUACGUUUCUACUGAACAUCCAUUUGCUAAUAAUAACCAGACAGGCGAGGACGAAGAGGAUAUCUCGAUAAGCAAGUUCUCGGAUAGUACAAUCAAUUUCAACGAAACCUUGAAGCAGCACAACAUCAAAACUACUCAAACGGAUAAUCAUAAAUAUUACAAUAGCUCUAUAAAAACUGAUUCGACAACGGGCGAUGUCUAUUGGGUGAAUAUGACUGAUAAUAUGAAUAAUGUGAAAGUGAGCGAGCUGCUUUCAACGUCCCACAGAAGAGCUGCCACUGUAAAACUAAAUUUUGAGUUUCCUUUCUAUGGGCAUAUACUCAGGAAUGUUACUAUCGCAACUGGAGGUUUUCUCUAUACUGGAGACUACGUUCAUUCAUGGUUGGCGGCGACCCAAUAUAUCGCUCCACUCAUGGCCAAUUUUGACACGAGUUUGUCCAAUGACAGCUACAUAAAAUACGUAGACAACGGAACUGCAUUGACGGUUCUAUGGGAGAAUGUUUUAUUGCAAGAAAGUCCGAAUGAGGGUAAAUUUACAUUCCAAGCGACGCUACAUAGUAACGGGGAUAUAGUGUUUGUAUACCAAAAUGUACCGGUUAUUAUUGAGAAUAUCCAGGAUGAUCAUCACCCGGUUAAAGUUGGAUUAUCGGAUGCUUAUAUCAUCGAUAGGACCAUUUUCUUCGUCCGUCGUAAGACGAUUUAUGAAUACCACCGUGUCAACUUCCGUAAGCAGGACAUCAAGAACGGCACUGUAAUCUAUUUGAAGGCUCUACCAACUUGCCCUACGAUGAAAGACUGCACCACUUGUCUUACCAAAGAAAUACCUUCGUUCAAGUGUACUUGGUGUCCGACCCUAAACAAGUGCUCGGACGGAAUCGAUCGCAACAAGCAGGAAUGGUUGAGCAAGAGUUGCGAUAAGAAGGUGGUGAAGAACAGCACAGAAUGCUCGGCCGUGUUUCCAACGGAGAAUUACGAUGACCACGAUCUCUCUUACACCCACGACGAUAGUAACUUGGUGCACGUCGAUGAUGAUCCGAUGAAGACUAGCAAAAUAACUCAGAAUGAAUCUAAAGUGCUGCCUCCGGCCACGUCUCCAGUACACAUGAACGUUUCAAGUAUUAUCCCUUUGAUCUUCAUUGUGGCCCUAGUCGCCGCUCUCGGAGUGUGGAUAAUGUACGCGUACAGAAAUCCGCACACCACAAGUGGACAGAUGUUAAUUAGGUAUCGUCCGAGCCAAUGGAGUUGGCGACGCGGCGAGGCGCGUUACACAGCUGCAACGAUACACAUGUGAUGAAUUUCUUUUUAAAUUUUAAAGAAUAUUAAUUAAUAUGAUUACUUUUAAAAAUAGUUUUUAAGUUUUAAUGCGAAUGGUUACAAACGAAAACAUCAAACCACAACUACAAAACGA